CAUUCUCCUCCUCCUCCUCCUCCUCCUCCUCCACCUGAAACCCUAACCCUAACCCCAUCGAUCUCAUUGCUCUCGCUCUCUCUCUCUCUCUCGAUAGAGGACCCAUCAAUGGCGGCGAAGAAGAGCGUGGGGGAUCUGAAGGAGGCGGAUCUGAGGGGGAAGAAGGUGUUCGUGAGGGUCGAUCUCAACGUGCCCUUGGACGACGCCCUGAACAUCACCGACGACACCCGGAUCGGCGCCGCGGUGCCCACGAUCAAAUACUUGGUCGGGAACGGCGCCAGGGUCAUCCUCUGCACCCACCUGGGCCGCCCUAAAGGUGUCACUCCAAAGUACAGCUUGAAGCCUCUCGUGCCGAGGCUAUCAGAACUUCUUGGAGUCAAUGUCGUGAUCACGAAUGACUGCAUUGGUGAAGAAGUUGAAAAAACGGUGGACACAUUGCCAGAUGGUGGCGUUGUACUUCUUGAGAAUGUCCGAUUUCAUAAGGAAGAAGAGAAGAAUGAUCCCGAGUUCGCUAAGAAGCUAGCAUCGCUCGCGGACCUCUAUGUGAACGAUGCCUUUGGCACCGCCCACAGAGCUCACGCCUCGACCGAGGGAGUCACCAAGUUCUUGAAGCCGGCGGUCGCUGGCUUCCUUAUGCAGAAGGAACUUGAUUACCUUGUUGGGGCCGUGGCGAACCCUAAGAAGCCAUUUGCGGCCAUCGUGGGUGGAUCUAAAGUAUCAACGAAGAUCGGAGUGAUCGAAUCAUUGUUAGGAAAGGUCGAUAUCCUUCUUCUCGGCGGUGGGAUGAUCUACACGUUUUACAAGGCGCAAGGGUACUCUGUCGGGUCGUCACUGGUUGAAGAAGACAAGCUCGACCUAGCGACUUCUCUUCUAGAGAAAGCGCGCUCCAAAGGUGUUUCUCUCUUGCUGCCCACCGACAUUGUGGUAGCCGAUAAGUUUGCUGCGGACGCAGCCAGCAAGGUCGUACAAGCGUCGGAAAUUCCAGAUGGCUGGAUGGGUCUCGACAUCGGACCCGACGCGAGCAAGACAUUUAAUGAAGCCCUGGAUACCACCAACACCAUCAUUUGGAACGGACCCAUGGGCGUGUUCGAGUUCGAGAAGUUUGCUGCGGGAACCGAUGCGAUUGCGAAGAAGCUGGCCCAGCUCAGCGCGAAGGGCGUCACCACGAUCAUCGGGGGCGGUGACUCCGUCGCCGCAGUGGAGAAGGCGGGCCUGGCAGACAAGAUGAGCCACAUCUCAACGGGAGGCGGCGCGAGCCUGGAGUUGCUGGAAGGCAAGUCGCUCCCGGGAGUCCUCGCUCUCGACGAUGCUUGAGCACAUGGCGAAAACAUAUUCGUCUUCGAGAUUAAGAUAGCUUGUGUCGCAGUUUUUGUAUAUGGGUUUCGAAAUAAAGUUAAGCCUAUAACCGAGGCGAGCGAGAUGAAGCAAGCGCUUGAGACAAGUAGUUCUCAUUUUGAUCACAAUGGCUCUUGGCUCAAGCUUUAUGAUCAAGAAGUUCAUUGUGGUGUUUUGCAUUUUGUAAUGUUGAUGUGAAUCUUUAACUGGUGGAUGAAACCAAGAAGAAUUCACCUUUUUUGUAACUUUGGAUGUUUAAGUUUAUGAAUCCAUCUGUAAUUUCAUAAAAUCCGCGAAACGAAUUAUGCUGUGGAUUGAUUGGUUUGCAAA